AUGAAAGGCCCGGGUCAGGUUGUGUCGGGUUUCUUCCUCACGGUGGAAUCUGCCUCGGUCCUACGGAGCUGGACCCUGGAAACCCGGGACAGCAUCCCUGAGUCUGGGUCCUCAGAUGUCUGUCCCCACCGCUUGGAGCUGUCACGGUGGGGACCCGGCGCCUGGAAGAGGUGGCGCUGGGGCAUCGGGAGCAUGGACAAAUUCCGCCGCGCUGGGGGCACUGGCCCAGGACCCCGCGACCGCCCCGCCCGUCGCACAACGGCGUCCCGGGAGGAGAGGAUCAGGCUAGAGCAAGAAGGGACGGGGCUCAUAGUAUGCCCUCGAGGCCCAUUUAACAAACGCUCACUCCAGCCCCGACCCGGCGCAGAACGACCCGGGGAACCACCGCAGAUGCCGAACGGAGACGAGGGACAUCACCACAACCGACUCACCUCCCAUCCCGGGCUUCACAAAGGGUAUGAACUUCUUGGGCCAGCUCGGAUUCGCGCAUGCGUAAGCAGGAGCGGAAUCAGGCGGGUUGCCCUCAUUCCGCCCGGAACUACAAUUCCCAGAAGACCCUGGGCAUCGCCAGACUCCAGUUCUCCGCGGGUGGGAGCACCCGUGGUGCUGCUGGGAGAAUCGGAGGAUGGAAGAGCUCCGUCCAUCUCGCGAGAGUCCUGCGGCACAGUGCUUAAGACUGCCGAGUUCGGCCGGGAGCUGUGGCUCACGCCUGUAAUCCCAGCACUUUGGGAGGCUGAGGCGGGCGGAUCACCUAAAGUUGAGAGUUCGAGACCAGCCUGACCAACAUGGAGAAACUGGCUCUACUAAAAAUACAAAAACUUAGCCAGACGUGGUGGCGCAUGCCUGUAAUCCCAGCUACUCGGGAGGCUGAAGCAGGAGAAUCGCUUGAAUCCGGGAGGCGUAGGUUGCGGUGAGCCCAGAUCAAUCACUCCAUUCAUUGCACUCCAGCCUGGGCAACAGGAGCGAAACUCCGUCUCAAAAAAAAAAAGACUACUGAGUUCAACCCAAAUUACUCCGGUGUAAGAUACAUUAAAAUACAACAUAGCUUUUAUCCAUAUUUUCUCCUCCAAGAGCUCAUCGUUUGCUUUCAAAACAUAUGACGGAUAUUUUUAGGGAGAGCAGGUCCCUCUUUGUACGCUCAGUCUGAUGUUCCUGUAUCCACAGACUAUUUGUAAUCCUAAAAAUUCAUGUAUUUAAAAUGAGUUGAAAAGAUUGAUGCUGUUUUAACAAAUUUGAGCAACAGGUUCUUUGCAGACAUAAAAAUUAGUUUAAAUGUAUCAUAAAAAGUGGUUCUUUCAAGAGAUGGUGAUAUAGUCUCUCCAAUUCUUUUAGGGGACUAACCCAUCCACCUCCAACUUUGUGUCUAGACUGCCCUCCUUUUCUCAGUGAAUGAGUUAACUGCCCACUCACUCAUUUGCACAAGCUAGGACCUGAAUAUUGUUAACUCUUUAAUCUCACCAUCUAUUUAUCACCAAGUCCUAUUCAUUGUAUCUUAAGUAACCCCAAUUUUUCCAUCUUUCUCUAUUCCCAGUAGCAUUACUUUAGUUGGGGCCACCACCAUUUCACUAGGAUUGCCAUUACAGCCUGAUAACUGGAUUCCCUAACUAGGGUUUUCUCUACCACCAAUCUGUUCUCAACACUUUCUGGCUAGUGCUCAUUCUAAAACAAGCAUAUGCUAUUAUUUUACUGCUUAAAACCAUUCAGUGGUUUUUAGAAACUUCAGGAAAAGAUAAUUUCCAGUUCCCAAAAGGGAUUUGUUACUCUCAUUAUCUGAAACUCCUGGUAGUUACAUCCUUGUGCAAUCCCCUCCUCUUGUAUAUGGACUGGGACUCACUUGUAACCAAUACAGUACAAUAAAGGUGACAUAAAAGUCUAAUGUGUGUCUUGCUAGGAGACUCCUCUCUUGCUGGCUUUGAUGAAGUGGUGGUGAUGUUGGGGAGGUCCAUAUGCCAAGGAACUGAGGAUGGCCUCCAACCAAUAGCCUGCAAGAAUGGAAGGCCCUUAGUUUCACAACCUGCAAGGAGCUGAACCCUUUGGACAGCUCUGUGUGCUUGAAAUUAUUCCUUGUAGAGCCUUCCCAUGAGAACCCUGUCUUGCCUGACACCUUGAUAGCAGGCUGCAAAGGACUCAGUUAAGCUGUGCUCCGAAUCUCACUCAUACAAACUCUGAGACAAGAAACUUGUGUGGCUCACGCCUGUAAUCCCAGCACUUUGGGAGGCCGAGGCGGGUGGAUCACUGAGGUCAAGAGAUCCAGACCAUCCUGGUCAACAUGGUGAAACCCCGUCUCUACUAAAAAAUACAAAAAAAAAAAAAAAAAAAAAGCUGAGCAUGGUGGUGCGUGCCUGUAAUCCCAGCUACUCAGGAGGCUGAGGCAGGAGAAUUGCCUGAACCCAGGGGGCGGAGGUUGCGGUGAGCCGAGAUCGCGCCAUUGCACUCCAGCCUGGGUAACAAGAGCGAAACUCCGUCUCAAAAAAAAAAAAAGAAACUUGUGCUAUUUGAACCACUAAGUAUGUGGCAAUAUUGUUAUGCAGGGAAAUUUACCUAAUAUAACUUUUCAACAUAAAAGAGGAUCUUUGUCAAAAUCCAAUCUUGAGAUUCUCUGGAACGGGGAAAAUUGUUGGAUUGAGCAACUCUACAGUUGGUCCUAGGAGGUGUGUGGCCUGUAUAUAUACUUUUAAAAAGCUAUCCUAAGAAUGAUGAAGGAGAAUACUUGAAAUAUCAAGCAAGAACGUGUCAUUAAAAAUAAAAACAACAAAACCAUGUGUCAAAAUAUAAUGGUUAAUACUAGGUUGAAUGGCAGAAUAUGUAAAAUUGAAGAGUGAAUAUCUAGAAUAUUCUAGUGAAGCUAGAAUAUCAGGCCAGGGAACUCUACACUUCCAUAAAAUAUCAGGGAGAAAAAGUUGAAAAAUAUGAAAGAAAUGUUAAGCAGUAUGGAGACUGACUAGAUUUUAUAUAAUAAGAACCAAGAAUGAAAGAAAAACAGAGAGCAGGUACUAUUUUAAGAAACAAUAAUCAAGAAUUAUGGAAAAAUUAAAAAUUGAAGACUUCAGAUUGAAAGUAUGCAUAGAGAGUCAAAAAAACUAUGAAUAGACUCCACAUAUUACAGUGAAAUCUAACAAAGAAAAAAUUCUAAUGCCUUCCAGAAGCAAAAGAAAAACAAAAGAAAAAAAAAUCACAAAGAAAAAUCCUCAGUAUUAAAAACAGUUGUUGGCAUUUUGUGGCUUCUCAACAAAUAAUAAUUAAAUAAUAAAACCUGAUUUGUCAAUAGCAGGACUGAUUGCAAGAAGAAAAUGUAAUACUGGUAAAUAAUAUUUGUAUGUAUUUAUGGGCUACAUGUGAUAUUCUGAUACAUGCAUAAGAUGUGUAAUAAUGAAGUUGGUAUUCAGGAUAUGCAUCACUUUCAACAGUUAUCAUUUCUUUGUGCUGGGAAAAUUUGAAAUGUUCUACAUGCAUAGGAUAUGUAAUAAUCAAGUCAGGGUAUUUAUAAUAUCAAUUACCUUCAAUAUUUUUCAUUUCUUUGUGUUGGAAAAAUUUGAAAUGUUCUUUUCUAUAUGAUUUUGAAAUAUAUAUAUUGUUGUUAACUGUGCUAUCAAAGAUUCAAACUUAUUUCUUCUAUCUAACUGUGUGUUUGUACCCAUGAACUAGCCCCUUUUCAUCACUCUCCACACCCUUCCCAGCCUCUAGUAAUCAUCAUUCUAUUCUCUACCUCCAUAAGAUGGACUUUUUUGGCUCCCAAAUAUAAGUGAGAACAUGCAGUAGUUGUCUUUCUAUGCCUGGCUUAUUUCACUUAACAUGAUGACCUUCAAUGACAUCCAUCUUGCUACAAAUGUUGGUAUUUCAUUUUUUAUUAUGGCCAAAUAGUAUUGCAUUAUGUAUAUAUACCACAUUUCCUUUAUCCAUUCAUUCAUUGGUGGACACUUAAGAUGCUAUUGUG